GGUCCUGGCCAGGAUCCUAGGAGGAGACGCCCAGACUGGAGCCCGGCUUUCUCCUGGAUCCUGUGCUCCAGCUGCAAUGAGUUCUGCCUCCAGCGAGCCAGGCAACGGGGAUGCAGCCGAGCGGCCCCAGCUGGGGCUGGACACCGUGAUCCAGAGGCUGGAGGACACUGUCCUGAGCCCCACAGCCAGCAAAGAAGACAGGGCGCUGACCGUGCGUGGGGAAGGCUGGCAGGCCUCGCCCACCCCCCUGCCUGCCCGAAUCCGUGAGAUCGUGGCCAGCAGCCUGGGCGAGGAGCCACCCCAAGGGGUGCGGGAGCCACCGGGAGCCUCAGCCCAGGUGCAGGAGGAGAGUGAGCUCCUGCAGGAGGAGCUGUCCCGGCUGGAGGACCUGCUGGCACAGGUGGGCGCCGAGCGGGACGAGCUGGCCAGCAGGUACCACAUGGUCAGCGAGCGGCUGCAGGCCCGGCUGCAGACCACUGAGGCCCAGCUGCGGAGGUCAGAGCUGGAGCACAGCGUGGACCUGGAAGAGGCACUGGGCCGAUUGGAGGCUGCAGAGCAGAGGAGCACCGGCCUCUCCCAGGUGAACACCCUUCUGAGAGAACAGCUGGAGCACAUGAAGAAGGCCAACGACGCGCUGGCUGAGGAGCUGGCCAGGACGACGGGCAGCGUGCUCCACCUGAGGGGCGAGCUGGAGCUGAGGGAGGCUCAGCGCUGGACCGAGAGACAGACCCGGCGUUCACACCUUGGGGUACAGCCCCAGGACUUCCUCCUCCUGUGGAGACAGGUGACAGCGCUCCGAACACAGGUGGCUGAGCUUCGAUCUGCCUCUGAGAGGAGUCUCACUGACAUGCAAGCAGAGGCAGCCAGGACAGCCCGGCGCCUGCACACGGCCUGCCUGAACCUCAACUCCAACCUGCAGCUGUCGGCCAGCAGCUCGGCAGGUGCCCUGGAGAGGCAGGCCUUGCAGGGUUCUUGGCUGGAGCAGCAGCUGCGGGACAAGGUGCGGGAGAUGCUGCAGCUGCAGGGCCGCUGGGACACGGAGAAGGUGGCACUGCAGGCCAGACUCUCCGAGCAGAAAUUGCUGGUGGAGAGGCUCACAGAGCAAAACUCGGAGAAGGAAAGAACCAUUUCUUCCCUCAGAAUGGAUGUCCAGAGACUAGUGGCCCAGGCAGACUCGAGGUGCCCAGAGCUGGCACAGAGCAGCAGCACUGACAGGGAGAAGGCACAGAGUCCACUGAGGAGCCCUCCACGCACCUCGUCCCUUCACUGGGGUGCAUCUCCACCACGGGCCCACUCCCGGGCCAGCCCAGACCCUGCGCUGCGGGCUGUGCAGGCAGCUAUUGAGAGGAGGAGGCAGCAGGAACAGGAGCUGCGUCUACAGCUGAAGUCCUCCCAGGUGGUGGCGGCCAGGCUCCGGGAGCAGCUGUCAGAGAGGCAGCGGGAGCUGCGAGCCUCCCGGAGGCUCCUGCAGGAGCGAGAGCAGGAGCACGGGGACCUCCUGGACAGGCUGGAGGCACAGAGCCAGAAGGCACAGCACUGCAGGGCAGCCAGCGAGCUCCUGGGAAGAGAGAAGAAGGCCCUGGAGUUGGAGGUGGAGGAGCUAAGGGGCAAGAUGGAUGUUUGGGACAUGGACAAGCAGAAGCGGGAGGCCGAGAACGCUGAGCUGCAGAGAAGCCUCCUGCUCUGGACACAGCAGAAGGAGGUGCUGGAGCAGCAGGGCGAGCGGAGCCGCAGGGAGCUGCAGACCAGCCAAGGACGCCUGGAGCAGCUGGAGGAGAAGGUCUCAGGGCUCAAGAAGGAGCUGGUGUCGGCCCGGGAGGCACUGAAUGCAGCCCGGCUACAGAGGGACGUUCUGGAGAGUGAGAGGGAGGCCCUGCAUGGCACCCUGGCUCGGGCUGAGUCCAGCAAUGCUGACCUGGAAUUGCUUGUGAGCCGGCUGAAGUCAGAGGGGGUGCAGCAAAGGGACUCCCUGGCCAAGAUGGCCACCCUGAUGGAGGGCCUGGCGAAGGACAAAGGCAGCCUGACCCACCAGGUCCUGCAGCUGCAACAGGAGGGGGACCGGCUGAGGGAGCAGGAGCAAGUGCUGAGGCAGGAGCGGGCAGACGCCAGGGAGCGGUUGGCAUUGGCAGAGCAGCAGCUGGAGCAGCUGGAGGGGCAGGCAGACCGGCUCCAGCGUGAGAGAGCCCAAUUGCAGGAGCAGGUGGGCCAGGUCACAUGCAAGAAACAGGCCCUGGAGGAUCAGCUGGCCCAGAGCCUGAGGGACCAGGAGGCGCAGAUGGACACUCUCCGGACAGCCCUUCAGGAGAAGGAGGCUUUGUUGGAGGAGCGAGCUCAGCUGCUGGCCAAGCAGGAGGCCCUGGAGAGGCAGGGCCGGCUCACGGCUGAGGAGGCAGCUGAUCUCAGGGCCGAGCGGGAUGUGCUGGAGAGCAGCCUCUUUGAGGCUCAACAGCUGGCAGAGCAGCUGCAGGCACAGCAAGAACAUCUGGAGGGAGAGGCCCAGAGCGCCCGGCAGGCCCGGCAGGCCCUGCAAGUGGAAUUGGAGCAACUGAAAGGCGCCUGGGAGGUCCAGGAGACGAAGCUGGAGUGGGACAUUGGGCAGCUACGGCGGCAGAUGGCGCAGCAGGAGCGGGAAGCACAGCUGGCCCUGGAGAGCCAGGCACUGGCCCACUGUGAAGACAUCGCACGGCUCCAGAGGGAGAAGGAGACCCUCAGUCUGUCUCUGACGGAGGAGAAGAAGAUGGCAGCAUGCAGGUUGGAACAGGAGAAGGAGCUGGUGGCAAAAAGUGCAGCCAAGAGGGAGGCUCUGAAGGAGGAAAUUCAGAGCCUGAAGCAUGAACGGGAUGAGAGCCUCCUCCAACUAGAACAUGAGAUGCAACAGGCCCUGUCUCUGAAAGAAGCAGAAAGGAGCCUGCUGCAGCAGGAGCUCUCCCGGGCCACUCGGGAGCUGAAGCAGGUGCAGCAGGAGGCCCACGGCCAGCAGGAGCAAGCAGAGGCCACAGUCAGAGCCACAGAGGCGGAGCUGAAGGCCCUGCAGGCCCAGUUUGAGGAGGCCAUCUCGGCCCAUCAGAGAGAGACCUCGGCUUUGAGCCACAGUCUCCGGAAGAUGGCGGCAGAGCGGAGCAAUGCGGGCAGAGAGGCCGAGCAGCUGUGGGCACAGCUGGGGGAGGCCCAGGAGGGGCUGGCUGUGCUUCGCAGGGAGCUGCAGAGCAGUGAGGACAGCCUCGAGGGGCUGCGCAGGGAGGUCGAGGAUGCCCACCGUGCACUGGGGGACGAGGCCCUCGAGAAGGACGUGCUGCAGCGCUCCAACGCCGAGCUGCGGGCCGCAGUGCGCAAGGCAGAGCAGGAAAAGGCCAGUUUUCAGCGGUCCAAGGAAGAAAAGGAGCAAAAGGUGCUGGUCCUGGAGGAGGCCCGAGCCGCAGCCCAGAAGGAGGCUGGCAAGCUGAGGGCCAGCCUGCAGGAGGCAGAGCAGGCCCAGUUAGACACCCGCCGGGAGCUCCAGGAGCUCCGCAGUCAGGUGAAGACGCUGGAGACUGAGAACCAGAGGAAAAGCCAAGAGGUGUGCCAGCUGCAGGCCCAGUGUGCACAGGACUCGCAGCGGCGGCAGAGCUGGCGAGAGGUCCUGGAGCUGCAGAGGCAGGCGGCUGAGGUGGACGCUGCCCGGGAAGACGCCCAGAAGGAGGUCCUGAGGCUGCAGCAGAAGCUGGCGGAAGUGAAGGAGCGGCUCUGUGAGAGCCGCAGGGCUGAACAGAGCCUCCGGGCUGAGCUGCACGGAGCCACCAUGAAGCUGCAGCAGGCCAGCAGUGUGACUGACAGCCUCCAGGCUCGCCUGGACAGGGCCUGCCACCGCGCCCAUAGCCUGGAGCAGGAGCUGGCCCGGGCAGAGGGUGCCAGGCGGGAUGCAGAGGGCCAGCUGGGCCGGCUUUGGUCCAUACUCUGCUGCGAGCUGGGGCUCCGAGCACAGAGCCCCUCUGCCUCCCCUAAACGGCCCGGCUCCCCCACCAAAGGUUUGGACGGUUCUCAGGGUCGCUCUGGGCGGCACAGUGCCAGCCCCCCUGCCAGGUCCCGCUCACCACUUCGAUGGCCUUCACCCGCACCAGGACAGCAGGGCCCAGACAUGGACGUGGCCUCUGUGCAGGACGCCCUGAGGGACUUCAUGCAGAAGCUGCGGGAUGCCCAGCAGGAGCGGGACAACUGGCGCGCCCAGGUUCGCCACCUGAGCAGCUGGCUGAGAGAGGUGGAGAGGGAGCGUGCCCGAGCCCAAAGCCACGUGCGGCUGCUGAAGACAGCGCUGGCCCAGGCGGAGGAAGGCUGGCGCCAGGCAGAGAGGGAAGUGGGCAGUGCCCAGGCCACCAGGGCCCUGCAGAAGGAGGUGCUUCAGAGGCUGGAGGGGGAGUACCUGGCGAGUGUGCGGACAGCAGGACAGGAGAAGAGGCGGCUCCAGGAGCAACUGGACACACUGCACCGGGCCCUGCAUGAGAGCAGGAGGCACAGCCAGGGCCUGGCCCAGAGGAGUCGGCGGCUGGAGGAGCAGGUUGCCAGCCUGGAACACAGGUGCCAGGAGGCCGAGAGUGCACAGGGGCCCCUGCGGCAGAGAGAGAGGGACACGCUGAACAGGGAAGGGGAUACAGGGGGGGCCGAGGAGCCACUGGACCAGCCCCUGAGCAGCCUGCACCUCCAAGUGGACAGGGCCCUGAGGCAGGACCAGCACCUACUGGUCCAGAGAGCGGAGCUGGAACAGGCCCAAGCCCAGCAGCCCCAGGAGCUGGCUGCCCAGCACCAGCAAGACCUGGCUGUGGAGGCCAAGCAGGCCCUGGGGUCCCAAGUGCUGGAGGAGCAGGUGGCCAGGAAGGAGCAGCUGGACUAGGAAGUACAACGGCAGCAACAUGCCCACCUCAGUCAGGCCUUCCCUGCCAAGAAGUGAGCCCUGCUGCCAACCCUGCCACAGUCCUGACCAGCCAGACGCAGAACCAUGAAGUGGAAAACCAAUGCUCAUGCGGCUCAGUGUGGGCCCGGUGCCUGCAGAGGGGCUCAGGGAGCAGGAAGCCGGAGCCUACACUCACCUCCAGGAGUCCCAUGUCAGCAGGCAUCCUCUGGCUCCCCGACCACUGAGCACCCCACCCUGUGACGUGGGCUUCUGCUGCACACCUCCUCCUCCAGCCACUG